AAAAAGAGAGUCGAGGGAGGAGGGUUUUUGUUGAAGCGCUCAAUCGUCUCUCUCGGCUUUCUAGCAGCGUUACGCGGUGCCGACAAUUUUCUUUCUCGCUCUUCUCUUCGCAGUGCCCUACUCAAUAUUUAGUUACAUUCUGCUCGAGAAUAUGGCCGCGAAGGAAGUUUCCUCUGGUGUUUCAAAUUGCUUUGUGUUCAAGAGCCGGUUGCAAGAAUAUGCUCAGAAAUACAAGCUACCAACGCCUGUAUAUGAGACUGUCAAAGAAGGCCCCUCACACAGAUCUUUAUUUCAGUCGACAGUAAUAGUCAAUGGUGUCAGAUAUGAUUCGUUGCCUGGAUUCUUCAAUCGUAAGGCUGCAGAGCAGUCAGCUGCGGAGGUUGCUCUCCAAGAAUUAGCGAAAUCCAGUGAGCAAAGCCAAUGUGUUUCACUACCUGUUCACGAAAUGGGGUUAUGCAAGAACCUUCUUCAAGAGUACGCUCAGAAGAUGAACUACGCGAUUCCAUUGUAUCAGUGCCAAAAGUGCGAAACUCCUGGGAGAGGUAUAAAUUUCACAUGUACUGUUGAGAUCGGAGGCAUUAAGUACACAGGAGCUACGACAAAAACUAAAAGAGAUGCUGAGAUAAGCGCUGGGAGAACGGCUCUUAUAGCAAUCCAGUUAGAAUCUGAAAAUAACCUCUUCAGCUGCAAUACUCAGCUUACAGUACUUCCUUGUGAGAAGAAGACAUUAGGGGCAGGGAGCCCAGUGAAAGAAACCAUCAAGAGUCCAAAAGCCAGGAGGGCUCAGUUCAAGAGGAAGGCUCCGAAAGGAAAGCGCAGAGUAGCUAAGGAUCCUGAAGAAAUGAUCCUCCCUGCUCAACCUAUGGAGCAUUGUCAAAACAAUCAGCCAGAGAAAGAAAUGAACAUCCCUGCUCAACCUAUGGAGCAUUGUCCUCAAAACAAUCAGCCAGAGAAAGAAAUGAUCCUCCCUGCUCAACCUACGGAGCAUUGGACUCAAAACAAUCAGCCAGAGAAAGAAAUGAUCAUCCCUGCUCAACCUACGGAGCAUUGGACUCAAAACAAUCAGCCAGAGAAAGGAAUGAUCAUCCCUGCUCAACCUACGGAGCAUUGUCAAAACAAUAAGCCAGAGAAAGAAAUGAUCCUCCCUCAACCUACGGAGCAUUGUCAAAACAAUCAGCCAGAGAAUAUUGAGACAGCGCUAAAUCUGGAACCUUCUUCCUGCAUAAACGGGUUUAAGGAGGCAGCAUUUGCGAGUGUGGAGACGGAAGCAAGUCAAGCAUAACCCUUACAUUUUUUAUAUUCAUGUUUAACCUUAUGUUAUAUUAGUAUGUCUCUUUGCAUUGCACCCACUUAAAAUGAUUUUUGUUGAACUUCAAAUAAGAAGAAAAAUUUCUAUGUUACAUAAUUUUU